GGGUCUUCAAGAACAGCCAAUGGGAAGUGAAAGUGUGAAUGUCAAACAGAGAAAAAAAAAAAAAAACACAAGUCAGCUGUUUGAGCAGAUUACGGCAACAUCCACUGAUAAACCCCCAGGGACCGGGCAACGGAUCGCUGCUGCGCACACCUGGCGCGGGACGGUGAACAAAGGGCUGCGUGUCGUGUUCAGCAGAAGACAUGAAUUCCCUGGCGGGCAGGAGCGUGCUGUCGCUGUGCAGGCAGGCCGCUGGCGGCCCCGCCGUGAAGACCCUUAUGAACCAGGGACAGCGGGCGGUGCGCGCGACCGGCCUCGCGCCCGCCUCCCUCUGCCACUCCGGCGCGGGACAGCAGCGUGCGAUCAACGUCAAAAAGCGCGGCUAUGACGUCACCAGGAACCCGCAUCUCAACAAGGGCAUGGCCUUCACCCUGGAGGAGAGACUGCAACUAGGCAUCCAUGGUCUUCUUCCCCCAUGCUUCCUCACGCAGGAUGUCCAGGUUCUGCGUGUUAUGAAGAGCUACGAGACCCGCGGCAACCCCCUCGAUAAGUAUAUUCUUCUGAUGACCCUCCAGGACAGGAACGAGAAGUUGUUCUAUCGCGUUCUCACCUCAGAUAUCGAGGAGUUCAUGCCCAUAGUUUACACACCCACCGUGGGACUCGCUUGCCAGCAGUAUGGCCUGGCCUUCAGGAGGCCACGAGGGCUGUUCAUCACCAUCCAUGACAAGGGCCACGUUGCCACCAUGCUCAAUUCCUGGCCCGAGGAGGACAUCAGGGCCAUUGUUGUAACUGACGGGGAACGGAUCCUUGGGCUGGGUGACCUGGGCAGCUACGGCAUGGGCAUCCCUGUGGGCAAGUUGGCCCUCUACACAGCCUGUGGUGGAGUACCCCCACAGCAGUGCCUUCCAGUGCUUCUGGAUGUGGGCACUGACAAUCAGACACUCCUGAAUGAUCCCCUAUACAUUGGACUGAAACACAAGCGUGUGCGAGGGAAAGAGUAUGACGAACUCAUCGAUGAGUUCAUGCAGGCCGUGACGGACAAAUACGGGAUGAACUGCUUGAUUCAGUUCGAGGACUUUGCCAACAACAACGCUUUCCGCAUCCUGAACAAAUACCGCAACCGAUACUGCACGUUUAAUGAUGACAUCCAAGGUACAGCCUCAGUGGCAGUAGCUGGGAUCCUUGCAGCCCUCAGGAUCACAAAAAACAAGCUCUCAGACCAUAAGUUUGUAUUUCAGGGGGCAGGAGAGGCUGCUAUGGGAAUCGCUCAUCUGCUCAUCAUGGCAUUGGCAAAAGAGGGUGUUUCAUAUAAUGAGGCCAUCAAGAAGAUAUGGAUGGUGGACUCCAAAGGCCUCAUCGUCAAGGGAAGAGGUAAUCUGAACCAUGAGAAAGAGGCGUUUGCUCACGAUCACCCACACCUGAAGACGCUGGAGGAGGUGGUGGAGAAUAUCAAGCCUACAGCCAUCAUAGGUGUGGCUGCCAUCAGUGGAGCUUUUACAGAGAAAAUCAUAAAAGACAUGGCUUCCUUCAAUGAAAAGCCCAUAAUCUUCGCCCUCAGCAAUCCCACCAGCAAAGCUGAAUGUACUGCAGAGCAGUGCUACAGACUGACUGAGGGUAGAGGGAUCUUUGCAAGCGGAAGCCCUUUCAAGAAGGUAGCCCUGCCGGAUGGGCGCACCUUCUACCCUGGCCAGGGCAACAAUGCCUACGUGUUCCCAGGCGUGGCGUUGGGUGUGAUCGCAUGUGGUGUGCGCCACAUCUCAGAUGACAUUUUCCUCACCACGGCUGAGGCUUUAGCUGGAAUGGUCACAGAGGAAAAUUUGGCAGAAGGGAGACUUUAUCCCCCUCUCAGUACCAUCAGGGAGGUAUCCUUCAAGAUUGCUGUCAAGAUUGUAGACUAUGCCUACAAGAAAGACAUUGCCUCCUGGUAUCCUGAACCAAAAGACAAAGAGGCCUUUGUCCUGUCUCACGUCUACAGUCCUGACUACGACUCCUUCACCCUGGACACAUACAGCUGGCCCCAGGAAGCAAUGGUAGUCCAGGACGUGUAAACUGGCAUUGUGUACUGCGACUGUCAUCUCCUCGAUCUGUUUCUGUUGUGAGGGAUUUGCAUAUCAGCUGUGAUCAUUCUCUUUUUUGCUCAUGUAACUUUUUGCCAAGUAGGUUCAUUUGAUUGUUUUUAUGCUGCAGUUUACAAAUACACAUUUGAUUUUUCUUCACAUUUUAAAAUGAGAAGGAACGGCACUGAGUUGAUUUGGUGUCCAGGCGAAGGUCUGGUUGGCAAAAGCCCACAAUUUUGUUUUGUUUUUAUUUUAUUUUUAGUCCUUUUAGAGAGACCUCUAUUUGAUACAAAGCUAUAUUGUCCAGUCGUCACACUCCCAAUUUGUUCUUUCAAAUAUGUGUAAAUGAUCAUUUAGAAAAAAAGCACUACCCUUCCUGUUUGUUUUACGUUGCCUGUUGUAUGUUUUUAUCUGAAGUUUGACAUAACUAUAUUUUAAUGUUUCUGAACUGUAAAUCAUAAGUUAUUAUAAUUGAAGGACACUCCAAGUUAACUAAUGUAAAGCAUUGAAUACCCUUACAUGUCCAUUUCACUGAGGAAUGUUUUAUGCUUUAGGUGGAGCUACAGUUCUAUUGAGAACGUUUGUUCAUAUAAGUUGGGGUUUAACAAAUGCCUUCAUCUCCCCUUAACUGUGUCUUGCUGUUUGUUUGUCUUAUUCUUCUUAAACUGUUUUUUUUUUCCUGUUUUAUUUUGCUAAGAAAAUUGAAAUGUUGAUGGGGCAGAGUCGUUACAAAUAACUGACUAAACUGAUUUCAGUAACAUGUAUAGAGCAGGGUCAUGCAACAAAACUGUCAAUGUGAUUUUAAAUCCACACAUGGUGCACCAAAGACUAAAUGGCAGCCAAACGUGUAAUGAUGGUGUUCAAUAAUCCUAAGCGUAUUUUGUAUUCCUGCAUUCUUCAUAAGCUAGGCCGCAGAUUUACAGUUUUCCAUGCUAAGUGAAAAGAGCUUUACGCACAAAAUUUGGAUUUUUUUUUUUUUUUUGAGAACGCACGUGCUUCUAAGUUUAAGCGGAGCUUUCACUCUUGACGCCCUUUCUCAGGGACAUAUCCUAUCUGCAAGUUUAAAAUCUCUUAGCAGUGACUGGGCUGGAAACAGGCUCUUAUUCAGAUGUCAGGAAAAAGGGAGACAGUUUUUUUUUUUUUUUUUUU